UUUGCCGUCGUUGUUUUACUAAGCGUAGGCGCGCGUUUUAUCGCAAACGCGCUUUAGGCUAGCGCGUGUAUCGGGAAAACGUCUUCAACAUCUCUCCGCGGCAGUUCUCCGCGGCACCUGUGACGGUAUUGCGCCGUAACGUUUGUUACUACCCGCCAUUUAAUCGAAAGACGACACCGGAGCAGUUAGCUUUAUAGCUGAACGACAGUAGUGCUGUGUCCGCUGUGAACGUAAAUUUACAUGGCAAGAAGAAUAGCCACCAUGGCCUCCUGCGCGUAUGCUGCUUAAGAUGUUAAUAACGUUGUGCUACGUCUACCUGUGGGUGCGCUUUCAUAAGUGCUACUCUGUGCUGAUCCGCAACAGUCUGUCCAGAUUUAACAGCAGCAGCAGCUUCAGCUUCAGCGUCUGUCCCAGCUCGGCCUCACCAGUAGUCUCAGCACCAGCAACUAGACGCCACACGGCCGCACGCCGGCAGCCCAGCCCUCAUCCACACGAAGACAUCGUCUUCCUCCAGCUGGGAGACAAGGCCGUCUAUGUCACAGAGCCUCAGGCAUGUGAUGACCUCAGCAAAUGGACUCUGCUGUUGGGGUCGUCACUGGUUUGUGGUCCACGAAUAGAGAAUAUUUCAUUCAUCAUUGAAGCUACAGGACACAGAGUGGGCUGCAAUUCUCCUCACACAUCGAAUAAGAAAGUGCUGAAGUGGUCUGACUACUGUCUUCCUGUGGCCUGUAGCCCUGGCCAGCCAUUUCGGGCAGUGGCUCAGGCCAGUGUAGAAAAUUUCAGUCGGCUGGGGGUGGCUUUUAUCGAAGAUCGCCUUCAUCUGGACAAUGGACUUAUCCCUUCAAAGAUAGUCCCUGUCCUCCUUCAAGAAUCCACUCUCAGUGCACUGUUGGAGAAGCAGUGUCCACAGACCCCAAAGACUGAGACUCCACUCUGGGUCUGUGGCACUCAGACUGAAGAGGGUGUUGCUGAGCCUUUGCCUUGUCACCUGUCAACUGACCAACAGCACCUACACUGCCGUAAAGGAAGUCUUUUCCUCACCCCGGAGGCAAAGAGGAGAUUAGAAGAGCGACGAGGGUCAGAGCCACUCCGCAGCACCCAGGAUCGGGGACCUGUUGGUGACUUGGAGGACCACUCUUUGGGGAAUCAUCACCACAUGGAGGGCCAUGGACACCAUCUCCAUCUGUCCAGCUGCCACGAAUGUUUAGAGCUUGAAAACAGCACUAUCCUCUCUGUCAAAUAUGCCUCAGCUGAGAACAUUCCAGACCUUCCUGAUGAUAACUCAGCAGGACUUGAUAGUGGGGAUGAGACUCUGGAUGAAGUUGAGCAUGAUGCCAAAGGGGUUUUUGGUCAAAGCAGCAGAUUUGACCGUAAUAGCAAACCGCCAAAUGUUCUGGUGUACACAGGUGGUUGCCAGGAGCGUUUUCAGGCAGUUAGUCGGCUUUUAUCAGAGUGUGUAAACAUGGAAGACAACAUAAUAUAUCCCCUCCUGCCUCAGCAGGCUUUGAGUGAUCCUUGGCUGGACAACACCAGGCUUCUGGUACUGGCAGAGGAGGAAACUUUGACCCCCCAGCUUCAGACCUGCUUUCUCACCUACCUGAGUCAGGGUGGUAGGGUACUAGGGCUAGCCUCCACCCUCUGCCCUGCAGGCCUCUGUCUGGAAAUCAGGGAGAGGAGACGGGGGCAGGUUAGCAGACUCAGCUUCACCAGGGAGGAUUGCACUGAACUGGAACUGAGCUUGUUGGCAAGUGGGAAGGUCUACAUCAGGAAUACUCAGGGAGGAGGGGAAGUGGAGCUCUGGGGGGAGCUGAAAGGGGAUGUCCCUCACCAGAGGGAUAUGGUUAUAGUCAGAGUUACCCAUGGAGGGGAUGGCGGGGAAGCUGUGCUCUGUCAGGUCCACCUGGAAAUUGCCCCUGACUCCCAGAACUUGACGUCAGAAGGUUUUGAUGAACUGAAGGUCAGCAAUGCACUGCGUUAUGAAGUCUUGACAGAGAUCCUCACCUCUCUGGGCCUCAGCUGUGAGCUAAACCAGACUCCAGCUGUGAGCCCAGUCCACCUGCUGGCAACCUCUCAAGAGGCCAAGACCAGCUUUCUGAAGUGGCUACAGAAACGUGCUGAUCAAAGUGGCCUCCUCACAUUGCCCAAGGCCUCCUUGAGGAUGGUGUCCUGUUCUGAGCUCUUGGAUGGUCCUGUGUUGCCCGAGGGCUCUCUGGCAAUGGUCAUUGACUCUUCAGAAUCCCAGAGCUGGGCACAGUUCAGUAUGGAGACCUACAGCAAGAAUCUGAAGACCAGUAUACUGGGGCGCACCGUGCUGUAUGCUGAGGUUGCCACAUCUACCAUGGACCUCUUAGAAGGGCUGACUCUUCAUUUACCAAAGGAUGUGGGGUUAAUAAGUGUAGCUGCUCGACAAAGCCAGGGCAGAGGUCGGGGUAGGAAUGCUUGGCUCAGUCCUCUGGGUUGUGCCAUGUUCACUCUGAGUGUCCAGGUUGAGCUGAACUCCAGGCUUGGACAGAGGAUUCCUUUCCUGCAGCAUUUGGCUGCUCUGGCAGUGGUGGAAGCUGUUCGUACUCUUCCUGGAUACCAGGACAUAGACCUGAGGGUGAAGUGGCCCAAUGAUAUCUACUACAAUAACCUAAUGAAGCUUGGGGGAGUGCUGGUGACUUCCACUGUAAUAGGAUCAACCUUUCAUCUGCUCAUAGGCUGUGGGUUCAAUGUGACAAACAGCAACCCAACAGUUUGCAUCAAUGACCUGAUCCAGCAGUACAACAGACAGCAUAACAGCAGCUUGCAGCCACUCAGCUGCGCCCAGCUCAUCGCUCGGACUGUCAGCUGCCUGGAGGAACUCAUCAGCAACUUCCAACAAGGAGGCCCAGAUGCCAUCCUGCCUACCUACUACAAGAGAUGGCUUCAUAGCGGGACUCAAGUGCAUCUCUGGAGUGAGGAUGGACUGGAGGCUGAGGUGGUGGGUCUUGACCACAAUGGCUUCCUCAAAGUGUACAGCAAGGAGCAGGGUGUGGUCUCACUGGAGCCUGAUGGAAACUCCUUCGACAUGCUGAAGAACCUGGUGGUCAUCAAGCAGCGUUAGGACAUAACAAGUGCGAAAUCAUUGUCUCAUUCAACACAUUGAGCCAUUAGCUGGGUUACUUAGUGUGACAUAAAACUUUAUGUUAAUAUAUAAAUGUAUCAGGGUUUUCUAAUUGAUCAAUACAUUGCAAAAUACAUUGUAUAAAGUGGGAGUAUUGGUUAUCUUCUCCUUAUGUUAAGACAUACAUUUGUACAUGUCGGGCUAAUUUGUUGGAGGACAAACAGUAAUGAUAACUGGGUUUAAAGGCAGCUACAAGAAAUAUCUGCAUCAGUGAUGGGUUACGAGCACAAAGAUCAGUUUGAUCAUUCUGGUUUCGGAGCACCGAAUCAAACCAUUAUCUAACAACUUGUACCACUGUCUGGGAACAAUAAACCUUGUACCCCUCAUUUGAACAUGUAACCUGAUUUCACUGUUACAUGAGAAUACAUUCAUUACAAUUUUUUUCUGUGGCCAAUUUCAGCAAAAUAAAGAUUCCCACAAAAAUCUUGGCAUUCUCUCAAUCAGCUUCAUGAGGCACUCACCUAAAAUGGUUUUCAGUUAACAGGUGUGCCUUGUCAAGAGUUAAUUUGUGGAAUUUCUUGCCCUUCUUAAUGUGUUUGAGACCAUCAGUUUUGUUGCACAGAAGUAGGGUUGGUGCACAGUUAACAGUCUUGUUUGACUACUGUAAGAAUUUAUAUUAUGGCAAGUGGGACUCGGCUAAAUACAGAGAAACGACAGUAAACCAUUACUCUAAGACAUAAAGGUCAGUCGAUCCAGAAGAUUCCAAGAACUUUGAUGGUUUUUCCGACUGCACCAGGAAAGGA